AUGCCAGCCUUGUCGACUAAACAGCAGAUGACGAUUCAUGUACUCAGUUUAGCAGUGGUGUCCCUUGCUGUCCUACUGACCACUGCUCUUCAAGCAGACAUUGACCUCUCCAGAUACAAUGAGGGCAAAAAGCAGUAUGAACUUGUUGAGCAGAAGUCACAGAUGCCCAAAUAUGGACAGUGUUGGCGGGAUGCCAUGUCAGUUAUGCAGACAGGAUGCCGCCGGUUGGAUGAUGUGGUUCAAAGCCGGCUGGCUCUGUCAUAUCUCAACUGUUUCCUACAGAUUCAGGGAAAAGUCACUUACCCAUGCUCAGGAGAUUCCAGACUAGAGGUGUGUGUCCGUGACAUGAGUGAUCCAGAUCGCAGCUCCUUUGCCACAUUCUUUGCUCACACCCAGGACAUCUGUUACUUCUUGCAGGCACAGGUUUGGCAAGAGCUGACGGAGGGCACCAUCGGACGGCUUGAAGCCAGCAGCUCACAGGUGGCUGAACAGUUAGAGACAUCCCACAGACUGCAGCAAGAUUUGGCUAGCAGCCAGAACCUGAGCCUCCACAACCAGGAGAGAUUGAUGAGCCAGGCACAGAACCUAAGUGACAUCAUCAAUGCAUCUUCUAAAAAUGUUCACUUUUUGUUUGAGGACCUUAAGAAAUCUACUCUAGAACAGCGCCAGAUAAUUGGAGACCUGUUUGACCAACUGGCAAAACUUCAGUCGACCAUCUUGGGAGAAAUUUCUGGCUUCUACUCGCUGUUCUACUAUGUCCUGUCGGUGUUCGUCUGCUACCUGCUCACGUCUGCAUCCCGCACAUCAGGUGCAAGAUUCUGGCUGUUUCUUAUCAUGACAAUAAAUGUAAUCAUUGAACAAUCUGUGAUGAGAUGGAUCUCUUCGUCGACUUCCCUGUUUGGCACAGAUGAUGCUGGCAAUGAGCGACUCUACUGGCUGCAGAGACAGUGUCGGAGGGUCGCCCUGGUGCUGUCGCUGCUAGUGCUGGGCUUGUGCGUCUACUUGUACAAGGACAUCAAUGCUAUCAAUAACCGGCUGCUGGUGGAGAUCAGGAGACAGAACUCUGACCUGUGGAGAUUUGAUGAUGUCAGUGACGUUGACCGCUUGUCCUUGCUUGAUGAACUCAGUGACCUCCAGAAGGUCACAGAAAGCAGUAGCCUCCAUAUUGAGUCCUGGCUAGAAACUUCCUAUGGUCAGUUUCAUCCCAAGGAUAUUUGUACAGCAGUUGUUACUUUGAUUAUGGCACUGUCACAUGUGUAUUAUUUGUAUUAUACCCAGGGGUCGCCGUACAACCUGCGCCCGCGGAGGUCGGGUCGCGGUGGUAACAUCAGCCCAGCUGCACAGGUGGAGACUGCCAGAAGCUUCAGCAGAACCGUCCACCAGAUGCAGCAGAUUGCAGAGAAGAACAGUCGUCUGAUCAGGGCCAUGCAGCAACAUGGUCACCGGCCUGGCACCGCGGCGGCUGGCAGUCAUUUAACACCAAAACUUGAGAAUGGUGCGGCCAGGAUUCAACCCUACCAUGUGGAUGAUGCUGAUAAGAGUAGUAUGCUUACUAGAAGUAGUCUAGCAAGUUCUAGAAAACACUAG